UUAUAUGACACGCAUGCGGUCUAAAGCACGUUGGCGCAUAUGUGCACAUAACCUACUCCACCAUCUAAUAAAACAAAGUGUCAUGACAGCUUAUAAAUACGUUGGUAGAAAAACUCCUUUCAAAGGAAAACCUUUAUGGGAAAUUAUUGGAAACCUGAAAAAUUAUGGAGUAGGAAGAUUAAUAUUUAGAAAUCAAUUUCAAAGGUACGAUGAAGUAUGUUUUUAUAAAAUUUUAAAAGCUGCUGCAUGGCCAAAUCCAGUUUACCAAAUUAGACCAGAAUUUGUGAAUUUCUUGUUUCCAAGACGAUGUAUAGUUCUGGUAGAGGAAUAUUUCAGAGGCGUGAAAAAUAAUGAAAUAGUUCAGUUAUAUCAUGAAACAUACAAAGAUGACUUCCAUUUAAUACCAAAAGAUGAAGAAUAUAAAUAUUUUGAAAGAGUUAAACCAAGGGAAGAAAGAAUUCUACCUAAAACUAUGGAAUUACCUCCUCUCAUGAAGAUAGUUAUGGAAAGACAAUUCAAAGCUAAAGGUGUUGAUGGACCACUUGAUAUGGAAGUUGUUUAUAAUUUUACAAGAGCUGGAACCAAACCUUAUCGAAUUGCUAAAGAUGGUGAAACACCAAAUGUAAAAUUAAGUAUUAGUCUUGGAAAACCGGCUUCUCCAAAUCUUUACGCUAAUGUAAAACCAAUUUAAACAUCUAGGUAUUAAUUAACUUGUAAUAUAUUUAAUAAAUAACAUUUGUUUAAUAAAUUCAUGAUUAGUGUUUAUUGAAA